CCAGUUUCAUCCGAGAAACCGAGCAGCUUCUUGCAGGGAAAUGCAGGAGACGAAAUCCGAUCCAUCCAACAAUCACUCCGUUGUCCUCUGCCUGUGUUAAUGUGACGUUUAUUUGCGCUUGCAAGAUAUUUACUCUCAGUACAUACACACUCUCUUAGGGACAAACUUAAUACGAUUUGCAUGUUGCAUUAUGAGCCGUCUGUUUUGGCCAGUUCAUCCAGAUGAGCUUUGGCGCUAUCGCUCUCUGACCUGCAGAUGUCUCAAAGAAUGAACCCCCCUCCCCUACCGCACUGCUUGUAGAUAGCACCAUGCUGGAUAAAACCAGUGACAACGGCGAACAGACUGGGCACUGCUCAGACUGUGGAUGCAGCUUCAGCCUACCACAAGUUGACUCUGACCCUGAUUCAGCCAACACUUCUGCCUCUCCUGUACAGCAGCAUGUGCACAAAGCAGACAGUCCUUCCAAAUGUCCUUCCUGCCAGGCCGGCAGCAGCCUCCCUAAUGGUCGACGUCCACACCGCCGCAUCCGCCUGGAUCCCCACAGUUGCAGUCUGUGCACCAAGACUUUCAUCUCCUCUGCUCACCUGGCCCUCCACCUCGCCUCCCACAACAAGGAGAGGAAAUACAGAUGUAAUACCUGUGGCAAGUACUUCCAUCAGUCGUCCCACCUGAUGGCACACAAGAUAAUCCACAGUGGGGACAGGCCAUAUAAAUGCCCAGAUUGCGGCAAGUCCUUUGUCCGUGCCUCACAUCUGGCGACCCACCGUCGGCUUCACACAGGCGAGAAGCCCUUCAAGUGCACAUUCUGCGACAAGUCGUUCACACAGAAGGCCGGGCUCCUGGCGCAUGUCCGUCUACACACAGGGGAGCGGCCAUACAAGUGUGAGCAUUGUGGCGAGGGUUUUCGCUCUUUGCCCCUCCUGCUCUCUCACAAGGCUGCUGAGGCGUCUGGCCAUUCAAAAUCAGCUUCAACACCAAUGCCCACCCAGCCCCAGAAGACACAAAGUAGCUCUGAGGAUCUAAAAUGUGGCGUCUGCUGCCGCACCUUUGUACGUUCAUCAUACAUCAGGCUGCACAUACGACUCGACAAGGGACAUCGGCCUUAUCACUGUAAAGUUUGCAACAAGACCUUUGUAAAGCUGGAUACGUUUGUGAACCACUGUGAUAAACACUUGAGGCAGAAAAGGGAUAAAAGCAAGGAGGUUAAAGAGAAAGUUGUUAAACCGCCCCUGUUUGUCCCAACCUCCAGGCCUUCGUCUCCUGAGUCCACUCAGCGUUUAACUUCAGAGGUCAACACACGCUCCAGAGCAAAAGCAAAGAGUAAAACGGAGCCAUGACCACAAGUACACCCACUGCCACAAAAACCAAGAAAUGUGUCAUAACAGUCCUGCCACAGCACUUAACAAAUGCAGGGCAGUAGUGGUGUGUUUAAUGUCAUUUUUUUUUUGCUACCAACAGAACAAAUGAAAGGUUUAAUGUUUACAAAUGAUCAGACAAAGAGCAAAUUUGAAGUUGAAUAAAUCCAACAAAUACUGCUACGUGAUUUUUAUAAAUGAGUUUACUAAUUGCACAAUUAUUUAAUUUUAUUGUGAAUUAUUAUCACCGAAGGUUCUCCAAAAUUGUUUUUAAGGCAUAUUUCUAGCUAGCAAGGCUUAUUUAUAACUACCAUUUCAGUGGAGUACAUUGUUUACUCUAAUGUUUGAACUUAGAAAAAAGGAAUAUCUGUAACCACUAUAAAUUCAUGGUUAAUCUGUUAUUUUCUUGAAUCCAUACAAGCCUAGUGCCAUGUGUAGCACUCGUACUAAGUACAACAAUGUACAUAAAUGAGAUGUCUAAUGUUAAACAAUAUGCACAGUAAAAAUAAACAUAAAAGCAGAAUGUG